AUGAAUGGAAAGUUGACAUCGUUGAAAGGAGGAAUAAAUUGGCCAAAAACAGUAACACAGGGGACAACGAGCCCAAUAGGUAUUAACAAAUCGACACACGUCGAUUAUGAAAAGAAUAUAACGAACACAUUUCCGUUAGAUGGUGCUCUACAACUUAAAGGUAAAAUAGGGAAGAUACAUCGGGCCAGGGAAUUGUCACAAAAGCAUCGCGUGGUCUUUAUGGAUUUGCUAAGCAAGUUUCUACAGCUCGCCGAAGAGCUGAAGUUGAUUUACUUCAUAUACGGCGGAAGCUUACUGGGAAGCUGGCGUCAUCACGGUUUCAUCCCCUACGAUGAUGACCUUGAUAUUAUUGUCAACAAUUCCCAAAAGGCGGAGCUGUUGAAAGCAAUAACUAAGUUGAACCCAGAUUAUGUUGGCGGAGACGGGCGACCAGUUAUAAAAUUUUGGUCAAAGAACUCCACGGUUGCAAUAAAAGGUAUGCUGCACCAUUGGCCAUUUAUAGACAUUUCGUUUUUCAAAGAAACCAAGACAUACGUAUGGGACACAAUGAUACCAAAUGUAAAUCACAACAAAGUUGAUGUUUUCCCUUUACACAAGCGACCAUUCGAAGGCGUCAUGGUUAACGCGCCGCAAAAUUCGGCGAAAAUGUUGAAGCGGUUGUACGGUUCGCGAUCGGCUGCGAUCUGCAAGACCUUGCACUUCAGCCACAGAGAAGAGAAAGACAUAGGGAAAUCGCACGUCCACGAUAAGUUGUGUAGGACCUUUAGGGGCGUCUACCCUUUUGUUGAGCGGAGGUUCCUUAAGGGUGAAAUGGAGGAGAAACUGAUGCUGGGGGACAGGGUAGUUCACACGAAGAUGGUUGAUGAACCGAAGUACGGCUGGACGCCGAUAUAUUCUUACUAG